AUGAAUGAGUUUUGGAGCCACUAUAAUUUACUUUUUUCAUUUUCACUUUUAGGAAUUCUCUAUGGUGGGCUCAUUAUAGCUCAGAUCACAAGUUUGAUAGUUACUUGUAGAGGUGGUGAUAUUCAAGAAAUGGUAUCAGCGACAUAUCUUACUCUUACGAAUGCAUUUUCGUUAAUAAAAGUUGGAUUUGUUUACAAGCAUAGAACACAACUUCUAAAGUUGAUAGAUACUCUUAACAGAGAAGAAUUCCAACCCAGAAGCGACUGCCAACGUGACAUAUUAAAGAAAUAUAUUAAAUUAUCCAAACUAGCAACUGCAGUCUUGCUAACAAUUUCUAUGAUGACGUGCUGCUUUUGGGCUAUUUACCCUUUCACUAUGGAGGGAGGUCCCUUUUUGCCUUUGGUAGCCUACAUUCCCUACAACAUCGACAAGUCACCAAACUUUGAACUAACUUAUGUGGGAGAGCUCAUUGGAAUCGCUGUAAGUGCGUUUUGCUGCCUUAGCACGGACACCUUAAUCACAGGAUUAUACAUGGUACUUUGUGCUCAAUGUAUGUUGUUAUGUGAUUCAUUGAUAAAUAUAGAGGAAUAUUCUAAAAUCGAUAGCAGACACACAGAUCAGACCGAAAGUGCAUUAAAUACUGCAAUGAUUAAAAAUCUACGCAAAUGUGUCAAACAACAUAUAUGUAUUUUAAAAUUUGCAGAAAAAACCGAAUCCAUUUUCACUGUAGCGACAUUUGGUCAAUUUAUUGUCAGUGUGUUAAUUCUGUGUACAACGUUAUUCAAGCUUUCGACGGUGACAGAGUUGAACUUGGAAUUUUUGUCCACUGUAUUGUAUCAAUUAUUUAUUUUAGUAGAAGUAUUUGUUCUCUGUUAUUUUGGUAAUGAAGCUACUGUCAAGUAUCACAAACUUACAAACUCUGCUUAUCAUUGUAAUUGGCUGGCUGCAAAUAAAUCUUUCAAAAAACAAUUGAUAUUUUUUAUGACAGUAUCCCAGAAGGAGCUGAAAGUACUAGCCGGAGGCUAUAUUACUUUAUCACUGGAGACUUUUGCAUACAUUUUGAAGUCAUCUGUUUCUUAUUACACUGUUCUAAACCAAAUGAAUUCCAAUUAA